UGCUUUACAUUAAACUCUGUGGAUAAGCUGCUUCUACGCCGAUCAAAAACGCCGCCGACGAUAAUCUCACCGGCGCCACCACCCAACCCACACCGUCGAUCUAUCAACCCAAACACAAUCUCUCCGAUGGCACUUUCUUGCCGUGACACACUAAUCCUUAUCUUCCAGAAGCUUACCGUCGCCGAUCUAGCGCGAGCGAGCUGCGUCUGUAAAGUUUGGAACUAUGUAGCAACAGAGGACGAUCUCGUUGUAUCGGCGUUCACAUCGCCGUGGCGGAUCAAAGAGCUUGUUGGAAGACCAGCUUCUGGUUCGUUCUGGAGAGACAACGGAAUCUGGAAAUUUGCGAUUUCUCAUCGGAUUUGUCGUGGUGAUAGUGUUACUAGCCUCGCCGUUAAAUACUCCGUUCAGGUUAUGGACAUAAAGCGGCUAAACAACAUGAUGAGCGACCAUGGGAUUUACUCAAGAGACAGACUGCUAAUCCCGAUAAGCAACCCCGAAAUUCUUGCAAACACAACAUGCUACGUAGAGCUAGACAAAUACGCCAAACGCGAAGUAGCUGUGCUUUACCUCGAAGGUGCACCAAAAAGAGAACAACCUGUAUCUGAUAUGAAUAAACUAUCCAACUUAUCAGCCGAUGGAAAACGAAGACUGAUUGAAUCUCUAAGGAGAAGCAUGCAAGUCGACGAUGGAACCGCUUUAUACUACUUGGCUAUCGCUGAAGGAGAUCCGAGAUCCGCAUUGUCCGAAUUCUCGGCUGAUCUUAAGUGGGAGAGGCAGGCUGGUCUCAACUAGGAUUGGCUAAGUAAGCUCCAAAGGUAUAUGAGUGUUUAUAAUGUAUAUGAUAAAUCAAAAUAUUGUUGUCUUUUCGAUAAGAAAUAUACAUUCAACCAUGUUAAGUAUAAGUAUACUUCAUAAAUCGAUAAAGUUCUUCUUUCACGGUA